GUUUACUGCGGACUGCGUGGUUUAGCCGCCGGCAAUGCCAGCGGUGUAGUUCAUCGACAGCUCUAAAAUGUGGCUCCGCUCGGCACCGGGCCGCCGGCUGCUCUCUCGCCGGGUUCGGCUCCUGCAGUGCCGCGGCGUGCAAACAGGAACCACCGCCGCGAGCGCCGUCGCGCACGGCGUGCUGUCUGCGUUCAGGUCCGUCUGCGGCGAGGACGGCGUCUCGUCGGGGGAGGCGGUCAGAGAGCAACACGGCAGGGACGAGUCGGUACACAGAUGUUGCCCCCCAGAUGUGGUGGUGUUCCCUCGCUGCGUGGAGGAGGUCAGCGCCCUCGCCAAGAUCUGCAGCCGCCACAGCCUCCCCAUUAUCCCCUUCGGCACCGGAACCGGCCUGGAGGGCGGCGUCAGUGCAGUCAAGGGUGGCGUGUGCUUCAGCCUGAGGAACAUGGACCAGGUUCUGGAUCUCCACCAGGACGACUUUGACGUGACGGUGGAGCCCGGCGUGACUCGGAAGGCCCUCAACUCCUACCUGCGCGGCACCGGCCUGUGGUUUCCUGUCGAUCCCGGCGCAGACGCCUCCCUGUGUGGCAUGGCGGCCACCAGCGCGUCCGGCACCAACGCGGUGCGCUACGGCACCAUGAGGGAGAACGUGUUGAACCUGGAGGUGGUGCUGGCCGACGGGCGCGUGCUCCACACGGCGGGCAAGGGCCGGCGUCCCAGGAAGACAGCGGCGGGCUACAACCUGACCAACCUGUUGGUGGGGUCAGAGGGCACCCUGGGGAUCAUCACCAAGACGACCCUGCGUCUGUACGGCGUCCCGGAGGCCACCGUGGCGGCCGUGUGCUCCUUCCCCUCCGUCCAGGCCGCUGUGGACAGCACGGUGCAGGUUCUGCAAGCGGGCGUUCCCGUCGCUCGCAUCGAGUUCCUGGACGACGUGAUGAUGGACGCGUGCAACCGCUUCAGCUCUCUGUCCUACGCCGUGUCCCCGAGCCUGUUCCUGGAGUUCCACGGCGCCGAGGGAAGCCUGGAGGAGCAGGUCAAAGCCGCCGAGGACAUCACUCGGUAUAACGGCGGUUCCGGGUUUCAGUGGGCUAAAGAUGCAGCGACGCGGGAGCGACUGUGGAAGGCCCGCCACGACGCCUGGUACGCCAGUCUGGCCCUCAGGCCGGGCUGCAAGGCGUACGCCACAGAUGUGUGUGUCCCUCUGUCUCGCCUGCCUCAAGUCCUGGUGGAGACCAAGGAGGACCUGAUUGAGAGCAGGCUCACGGGUCCCAUCGUGGGUCACGUGGGCGACGGUAACUUCCACUGUCUGAUGGUGGUGGACCCCGACGACCCCGAGGAGCUGCACAGGGUCCACCUGUUCGUCGAGAGACUGGCCAGGCGAGCGCUGGCCAUGGACGGCACUUGCACGGGGGAGCACGGCGUGGGUUUGGGGAAGAGAGCGCUGCUCCGCGAGGAGACGGGACCCGUGGCUGUCCAGGUCAUGCAGGGUGUCAAGGACGCCCUCGACCCGAGGAACCUCAUGAAUCCUGGGAAAAUCCUGCUGCCGAGAGAGCUGUAGACCCCACUGGGGAACCUCGUCGCGAUCAACUCACCGCCUGAGCAGAGAUGAAAUGUUUUCCGAGAUGCGAUAAAUACCUAAAUCUAAAUUAAGCCGGGUACUAAACGAGGGGCCUUUCUAACACAAGACACUUCAGGAGCACCAGUGUCGAAGAUCUGAAAUGUUUGAAUGUAUCGUAGUGGCAUAAUAUUUCUAUUGUAUAUAUUAUGGCUGCAUGUGUGAUUCCAUUUUCCCAAAAAGAAAAGAAUAACUAAAUCUAAAUCCUG